AUGAGUGUCAUAAGCCAACAAUACAAGCAAAAGUCAAACUGCCUCGGCAUUCGACUUGAAACACCACAAGAAUCAAGAAAUUCCCUGCUUACCAAGGAAGAUGAGCAGAAGACAAAGGAGAACGACGCAAUGCUGGUUGAGGCACUGAAUGGACUUACAUUUGAAGAACGGCAAGAACAGCAAGAAAUUGUUCAUGGUGUGGAUGAAAUGACUGCAGACGAGUCAACCUUUAUUGAGAGUACGCUGAAAGAUCUAGAUAAUAUCCUAUUGCGAACGAAACACGGCACCUUGUAUGAAACAGCGGAAUCACUUAAUCCUGAAUACGUUGGUGCAAGAGCUUUCCGAAUCAUGUUUCUCCGUGGAAACCGAUAUGACGCAAAGGCAUCGGCAAAACAGAUGCUUACUUUCUUUGAGUGGAAGGAGCAGCUCUUCGGAAGAGAAAAAUUGGUGAAAGACAUCACAAUGGACGAUCUAGACGAAGAUGAUCGAGCAUGUAUGAGAGCCGGCUAUGUUCAAAUACCAGGAAAAGACAGGUCCAAUAGAACAAUUCUAUUGCACCUUCCGGGUUUGAGAUCUUUCAAAACAUUGAUGAAUGAGCUACGGUCGCGAUAUUACAUUUGGAUGACGAUUCUCAAAUCGGAGGAAUGCCAACUGCGGGGAGCAGUUGUUCUCGUGUACGCUGUGGGCUGUCUCAAAGACCAGAAAGAAGGCGUUGGAUAUAUGGAGAAUGCUCGCUUGUUUUUAGCACUUCCUCUUCAUCAAGCAGCUAUUCACGUAUUCACUGAUAAUUCAGCCGAGUACAUUAUGGGAAAUGGGAUCAUUAGAAUGUUUUCAAGUAAAAUCCGUGCGCGCUUCAGAAUACACUACGGCAGUCAUAUGGAGUGCCAAUACCUGUUGCCCUCGUACGGCAUUUCACCAAAACUACUUCCACUGAAAACAAUCACACUUCAGGUGAAUAUGCACCAACACCAUCGGUGGUGCGAAUCAUGUCUUCUUAAUGACACGAGCGAUUGUCCCGACCUGGGCACAUCCCAAACAACAAUGACCAAGUACAAUGACGAUGAUGUCCUAUAUGUUGCUGGCAAAAAGAGCAACAAUGCUGGCAACGAACGUCUUCGUGUACUCGUCGCGGAUUUGUCGCAAAAAUAUGAUACUGGGACAACAGAGAAGAAAAGAACUAUAGUAGAAGGCAUGAUUGGGGAAAUCCACAAAACUGGAGGCCGCUUCUUGAAACAAAAUCCAGGAUCGGACUCUGACUGGAUCGAAAUACCAGUCGAUGAGGCUCGUUUGAAGAUCACCCAGAUGUUCCGAAAUCAUCGGCGGAGGGUAGGUGCUUUGAUCCAGGGCGGCUGUCUUAUAGCAGGUGAACCGCUCCCGAACGAUGUGGUGUUUGGAAAGACGCACAGGAGUCGAGGAAGUGAUUUGAUGCAUUAUCUCAUCAAAGCGCGAUCCGACGAGUACAAUUCUUUGGACCGUGGCAUGAAAGUGCAAGUUGUGGAUGCCGUUCUCGAGAGGAUAAAGGGCGAGGGCGGUCGGUUUCUCCAAACAGCACCCGAACAUGGCGGCUGGUUGGAAGUCACGACCGAAAUGGCUCGGAUAAGAGUAUCGAAGUACUUUCGAAACAACCGACGAAAGGCAAAGAAGAAUGGGUGA